AUGUCCCUCACUAGGCGCGUCUUGUGUUUGACAUCAGCCGCUGAACGGUCGUUCCUGGCUUCCGCCGUGAUUCCACGCGUCGGCGCACCGAGGAUUACCGCUCUUGUGACUACCAGGCCAGACAGGAGCGCAACUUAUGCCGCUCCGAUAAGAACGCCGGCUUUUCUGGCUGCUCCUUACUCACCGUCUUCUCCGGUCCACGCCGAAGAGAAGUCGGUAUACAAUCGCUCGGAGCGCGGCUUGAAGGGCUGGUCAUUCAACCGCGUCAUUAACUUUGCGCUGCUCAAGAAAGUGGCCAAUUCUUGCACAGGAAGCAACGCCAAAGUGACACGUGGCAUUGUAACAAUGGCCACGGUGGGAGGUGAUGCCAGCGGGAGCAGCAGCGCUGCUGCGAGUGCGGUCGGGGCGGACGAGGGGGUGGGGGAGAUUCUCGCGUUCUGGUUUGGAGACUUCAUGCGGCCGGGAUAUGAUGGCCCAGCCCCUGCACCGUCAGACGAACUCGCUAAGGCGCGUGUGUGGUUCAGCAAGAAUGACGACGUGGACGCUUUCAUUCGCACGCGAUUCACUCCGCUUAUCCCGCUCGCCGCAUCAGGCCAGCUGGCGGGCUGGGAGGACACGCCACAUAGCGCCCUCGCAUUGCUGGUGCUGCUUGAUCAGUUCACGAGGAACAGUUUCAGGGGCUCGCCAGAGGCUUUUGCACAGGACCACCUUGCUUUGGAGGUUGCUAAGCGGGCCAUUGACAAGGGUUUUGACCGGCAGGUGCCCAGGGUUGGUCGGCCUUUCUUCUACCUGCCGUUUGAGCACGCGGAAGGUACGGCUUUUCUCUGUUCAUGUGUCAGCUCAUUCCUCUUUGAAUGUUAG